AUAAAAAGAUGCAUUCGUUGGUCAGAAGUCUGAGAUCGUCAAGUGUUCGUAUAAAAAGCAAAAAAAAAAAAAAUUAAUUUACGAAUCAACAAUAAAACCAUAAAUAAAUAUAUACAAUCCAGGAGUUUAAGUUAAGAACUCUUAUUAUUAUUAUUAUUAUUAUUUGAUCUUAUUCUAAAGUAUUCAUUUUGCGAUCAUUGACUAAGCGGAGCACCCUUUUGUAAAAAAAGCAUGUGUAAUGGUGACGUCACUGCCCAUUUAAGUUUUUGUCGUUUUCCGCGUUUUGCGUGCGUAAAAGGAUGCUGAAAUAUCUCAAGAAUCUGCAUACUUAAGGUUGGAUCGUAUGUGUUAAACUGCCUGAGAUCUCGGCGUUCAUAGGGACAGACGGUAACUUAGAAUUCGCGUUGUCAUUUUCUUGCACAAGCUAGAAAGAAAUCAAAGAAAUGUUUUACAUUCACGUUAUCUUAAUUUGUCUUCUGCUUCAUAUUAUUCUUCUGCCGCCAUCAAUUGGACAUGCACAUUCAAAUUGUCAGGACCAUGAGGUAUGCAUCAAUAUCGAAAGUUGCCGAAUUUCUUACAAAAUUGAAUCAGACAAAAUUAUAUCAGAGCGGAAACUUUGUAGCACUGAAGUCACGGGGAAGAAUUCAAAAUUUAGCAUCUUCGUCUGCUGUCCCAAGAUUCCAAUUUAUUCAAAAUGUCGCUCAAAUGAGGAAUGUAUACCAUUCGAACAGUGUCCACCCUUGAACGACUUUUAUAAAUCAACUAGAUUCAAAAAUCAAUUUUUACGGGAAAGGCAAUGUGGAUACAACACCUACUGCUGUCCAAUGCUGGCACUUCCAACGUGUCGACCCGAUGAAAUGUGCAGCAAACUAAGCUCUUGUCCCGCCAUGCUGCAGAUUGCCAAAUCCAAGGGACAAUCGGAAGCCAAGGAUGAGUUAUUUAAACGCCGAUUGUGCGCAAUCGAUCCAAGGGCUUUUACUAUUGAGGAGCGGUACUAUACCUGCUGUCCGCCAAAAGGUGACCAUCUUCCGAAUAAGAAGACAUGUGGCCGAAAUGUACCAUCUAAGCGAAUUGCCCAUGGCAAUGAAGCCGAUCUAAAUAUGUAUCCUUGGAUGGCCAUGCUUAUGUAUAAGAAUCUCUCAAGUUUGAAUCCAAAUCUGGUCUCCAUUUGUGGUGGCUCCUUGAUCAACAACCGUUACGUCCUAACAGCUGCACACUGUGUUAUUAAAGGUCGAAGUGUCGAUAGAAAUUUGGUUCUUAAGAGGGUGCGCCUGGGCGAGCAUAAUACCGACACCAAUCCGGAUUGUGUGGGAUAUUGGCCGGAUAAGAUAUGUGCUGCCCCGUAUCUGGAAUUUGAUAUAAUAGACAUGGUUGUACAUGAAGCUUACUACAAUAAUACCCAAUUUGAAAACGACAUCGCAUUGCUGCGACUUGAAAUGCCAAUUCGCUAUACAAAGGAAAUCCAACCGAUUUGUCUUAUGGUAGAUCACAUCGCCUUAAGGAACAAAAAAUUACAAGUAGCCGGCUGGGGGAAAACAGAAAAUCAGAAUUCCAGCCCUGUAUUAAUGAAAGCCAACAUUUGGGAAAAUAGAUUUAAAUGUGAUAAUUCAUUUAAACAUAUCUAUCUCCGGAAGUCUCAAAUUUGUGCUGGUGGUCAGGAAUUUAGGGAUACUUGUUCAGGCGAUUCUGGUGGUCCCCUGAUGGCCAACUAUAACGACGGGUACACGUUCAACAUAUAUUUGGCGGGCAUCACCUCCUAUGGAUAUACCAAUUGUGGCAAAUCGAACUCUCCAUCAGUUUACACAAAAGUUGGAGAAUUUUACCAGUGGAUAAGGUUGAACUUGAAGCCUUAACAUUUCAACAAAGCAACUAAGUUAUGCUUCUUUUAUACAAAAGUAAAUAUUAUAUAUAUGUAUUAACUAAAUAUUUCAAAAAAUUUAAUAAAAAGUUGGCAA